CUCCGAUGAGUCAGCUACAACCAGUGCCUAGAUCUCAAUCAGCCCCUCCUUUUUCAAGAAUAAAUCCGAUGCCUCCUCUCAAUCAACCUGUACCGAAUCUAAACGAUUUGUUCUAUCCGCCACCUAUGGCAGCCGUUCCAAACCCUACACCAUUACUUCCCUCUCAGCCUACUGCAGCAACCUCCCCUUCUCCAUUUUCUCCGCAACCAGUGGCAGCAUCUAGUGGAAAAAGCGAAGGCAAGAGCUCAAAAAUGUCCAAACGUAAACGUGUAGAGUUCAUACCUCCUGUGGAGUACAUCGACGUAUCGGGUGUAUUUAUCCGCUUCGUACAGCUUUUGAUAAUGUGCGAGCUAGCUUUUUUUCUCUACGUAACGGCUUCCUCACUAGUGCAAAUACACAUUUAUAUCGAUUUUCUCAAAGCACUCACUCCUCAUAUCAUGUAUGCUGUAACCGUAACUCCUCUAAGCAUUGUCUUGGCAGUUGUGUUUUCGUAUCGAUCAAUACAGGGCCUAUUUGCUGUAAACUUCACAACUGCUGCAGAGCCUGUGAGGGCAUUAUACGGGCUCAUAGCCCUUAUUUGUUCACGGCUUGUUUAUGGUGGAGUUAUCGUGGCAGCAGGGUUUGUACUCAAUAACGAAAUUGCUUCCAAGGCUACCAAAGACUCACUUGCGAAGAAUGUGGCGCACUUGAUACACUACGCAACAAAGGAUCCAGAAUAUAUGGAGGAGAUAAAUCGAAUUCAGCAGAAUUUCCAAUGCUGUGGAGUGAGCACGAAUAUCGAUGUGGGAAACGCGACGUACACGUCUUCCGACCAUCCAUGGAACAUGUGGUUUGCUACCUAUUCCUUGGAUGAGACAUACCCAAACACUAUCCGGGAACUGUACUCUUUACCAUGGUCUUGCUGCAAUAUGACAGCCAAUGUUAAAUGCGAGCAUAUCGGCAUUUCGAGAUAUCUGCGGACAUUCGAGACGCCUACAGAUUUUAGUGAUGUUGAAGCUGCUUUGGAAGUGGAAGAGCUCAAAUGGAACCCUACCAAUUUUGACCAUUAUCUGUCGAGAAACAAAAUUGCUGAAGCCACAUUGUACUCAAGUGACUGUUCUGAGAAAAUGUUCGAGCGGCUCGCGGAAGAAGCCGACAAAUCCGGCUCUUCUUUUUCUCCUGUAAAUGUUGGAUUGUUGCCUAAUGAUUUCGCUGGUGCUGACUCAACUCCUGAUUCUAAUUAUCUCUUGAUCUAUCAGUACAUCUAA